AUGUCAGUAUCUAAACUAGCGAUCGGGAGUGACGACUGCUGCCCCGUCUGUUUAGAUGUGUACAAUGAACCUAAGUUACUGCCGUGUCGGCACACGUUCUGUAGAGUGUGUCUAGAAAAACACAGAAAAUCGUCUAAGCACCAAGAUAAAAGACAAUUGGUAUGUCCUUUGUGCCGGACAAAGAUCGAUCUAACACCCAAAGGAAUACCAGGCUUUCAUACUAACUAUUUCGUCGGUGAUCACGGAGUAACGAACUACAAACAGAGCAGUACCACUGAGGUAAGUCAGGACAAGGAGACUGCUCCCGACUCCGGUGGUACCACGUUCGUCGACGAUCUAGAGGAAGACGGGGAAGGUUCGGAUGAAAAUCGAAGAAUAGACGAACAACAGUGGACAACACCGCGAGAUUUGAGGUUUCCGCGCGACCACACAAAGACGCAUUAUCACUUUGACUUGUUGUCUAGUACCGUUAUAGACGAGGCACGAAGUAUUUCAUGUCUUUGUUCAACUCCUAGCGGGCAUUGCCUGGUAGUAGCAGACUGCAGCAAUGUUAUCAAUAAAAUGUUGCCGAGUGGACAAAUCGUAGACCAGUAUAUUGUGAUGCCUCGAGUAAACAUACACGAUAUCACUCAUAGGCAAGAAGGGUCUUUGCUUCUGUUAGCAACUGAAAUUAGUGAGAUACUGUCCUACCGUACAGUAACAAAUACGUAUUCCACGUUCACUACCUUGAUUGAUUUCAGGGGUAGCGAGAUGGCAUGUCUGGAUGAUGACCGCUUGGUUGUAGCAGGCGUUAAUACUUCGGGUUCCUCAAGCAUCAGGAACGAGUACGGACAGUUAUUGCUAUUCUCCAGCCACGGAACUAUCAUAAAAAGGAUCGGAGACGAAUAUAUGAAUUUUCAACCUGCAUGCGUAUCUAUAAACACAUUUAAAAAUCGCAUAUGUUUCACAGACGUUGAUCGCAGGUUAGUCUCGUUACUUACUGAUACUGGCUUACGUAUCGGAGACUUCAAGGGAAGAAGCAAUGAUCAAGUGACACUCCGGUCGAUUCUGGGAGACAACUGGCCCCAGUCCAGUUUAAAACCAGCUGGACUAUGUUGUGAUGCAGAGGGAAAUAUCAUAGUUGUGGAGGAAGCAACGUCCACAAUAUUUGUACUCGACCACGAUGGGUUAUUCCGUGGAUUCGUGGUUUUAGAAGAGGACCGAGAGGCAUUGUAUAGUCCCUUUUUGGUGGCAUGUGGUCCUUCGGGAGUUCUCUGGGUUGGAGAUAAAUUACAGGGAAAGGUCAACGUGUACAGGACCUCCAACUACAUCAAUGUACUGGACAGGCGCUAA